CUUCCACCUCCAACACCACCUCCACCUGGACCACCUCCACCACCUCAACCACCUCAACUACCUCGAACUCAACCACCACCACCACGUUCUCCAUCACUUCCACCUCCACCACCUCCAGCUCCACUACCACCACUACCACCACCACUACCACCACCACUACCACCACCACCACCACCACCACCAACACCUCUAACUCCACCUCUAACUCCACCUCUAACUCCACCACCACCACCGCCACCUCCACCACCACCACCAACACCUCUAAGUCCACUUCCACCAAAACCUCCAAAUCCACCACCACCUCGACCACCACCACCACCUCGACCACCACCACCACCACCACCUCGACCACCACCACCACCACCACCUCCAGCAACAACUCCAACUCCAACUUCAUCUCCACUGCUACCACCACCUCCGCAACCACCUCCUCCACCCUCAUCCCCACCUCCAACACCACCACCACCACCACCACCGAUACCACCACCUCCACCAUCACCACCUCCUCCUCCAGCUCCUCCUCCACCACCACCACCUCAAACUCCACCACCACCACCACCGAUACCACCUCCUCCACCACCUCCACCAUCUCCACCACCUCCUCCAGCUCCACCACAACCUCCACCACCUCGAACUCCACCACCUCCACCACCUCCAACUCCACCACCAUCUCCACCACCACCUCUACCACCUCCAACUCCACCACCACCAGCAGCACCACCACAUCCUAAACCACCACCACCUCCUCCAUCCCCUCCAACUCCACCUCCACCACCAGAUUCUCCAUCACCUCCAACUCCACCACCUCCAACUCCACCACUACCAGCACCAGCAGCACCACCUCCACCACCUCCAACUCCACCCCCAUCAGCACCACCAGCACCUCCAACUCCACCACCACCUCCACCACCUCCAACUCCACCACCAACACCAUCAUCACCUCCUCCUACACCUCCAACACCUUCAACUCUACCUCAAACACCUCCAACUCCACCACCACCAUCACCAACACCACUAUCACCUCCUCCACCCCCUUCAACACCUUCAACUCUACCUCCACCGCUACCACCACCUCCUCCACCAUCACCAACACCUCCACUAACUCCAGGACCAUCACCCCCACCUCCAACUCCACCACCCCCACAACCAUCAACAGUUCAGCCCUGCUCAGCGGCCCCAUGUGGGCCUCACGCCACUGGGCUCCAGCUCUUCAGGUUCCUGGAGCCUGGCACCUCCCAGAGAAGCAGCAUCAAGCGCUCCUUCAACCUCUUCCACAGCACUUCCCAGAGAAGCAGCAUCAUCAAGUGUGCCUCUCCCAUCCAAUUCAGCACACAAAGAAUCAGGAAAGGCUUCACCAAUUGA